AUGAGAAAAGUUAACAAUAUUACAAAAAUAUAUACAGUAUUAGUAAUCAUUGUUGGUAUUGCAUCAUUGACUUUUUUAAUUGUCGGUGUUGCCACAAGAAAGUGGAUUGGUAUCUCCACUAGUUUAUCACCAUUACAGACACAAAUCAGCCGUGUUUUAAGCAAUAGUACUUUCAUUACUUCACUUAUCAUUGCGACAGGAGCAAAUCAAACUCAAGUAGCUCAAAUAGUAUCAGCAACGGCAGAACAAGUCAAUCAUGAAUUAACGUAUGCUACUCCUAGUGAUGUUACUUAUCAUCUCUAUGGUAAAAAUCCGAAUACACCACAAACAUCAAUAAACUUUAAAUUACCUCAAGGACUUAUUUUUGCUGGAAUAGCAUUAAUCUUUCUUGGGCUUUUAUUGACAUUAAUUGUUAUCAUAUUGGGUUUACCGCCUUUCGUUCGGAAUUUACCAUUGUUUUUUCUAGGUCUGGGACCAGUUUUGCUUACUAUUGGAUUCUCUUUUUAUCCAAAGAUAGUUAUUGAAGAUUUUGGCCUUGAAUUACAACUUUCGAUCGAUAUUGGUUUCAGUAUUAUACUAGUUAUCACUGGAACAAUUGUCGGUUAUAAUACAGCUUCUUUAUUUGCUCUCAUUGUUCUUCAACCACUUCAAAAUCGUCCAUCUACAAUUCGAAACUUUAACGUUCCACCCAGAUCAAGGCUUCGACCUUCAUAUUCAACUAGAAUGAGAAACAAAUGGUGA